AUGAUACAUACUGAUCAAUAUCAGAAUCAACUUGAAAAUUUACCACAGGAUGCAUUUCAACAAAUGAUAAUGAAACAUAUGACAAUUCCAGAACAUGCUUUAUCAAAUGACAAUAAUUUGCAAUCAUUAUUGGAACCGACAGUACGACGUCGUUUUUGCUGCAUGAAUCCAGUUAGUGGUCGAAAACGAUUCAUACGAGAUUUGGCACGAAAACAGUAA